AACCAAGGUAGAUUUGUCGUGCCUAUGGACGGACCUCUUUUUUCGGGUCCUACCGUAUUACCUGAAGCUCUCGCGUAGCAUACCUCCCUUACUACCAACGACCCUUGCACUUAUCUCAUCGAAAACUUUACGUAAAGAAAUUUAACCAUGGUAUGUCCGAGCAUGGAGUAAUCCGAAUGAUUUGCUGUGGACCAAACGAGGAUCCGGACGAUUCGCUUAGAUGGCAGUUGGAGCAGUCGGAGCAGUUGGAGCACAUGGAGUACAUGGAGCAUGGAGGGCGGUCUGGAGCAAUCCCCGACUUUCGGUCUGUCGAUCGUGAUGGAGAGGCUUUAAACGUCCAGUUCGAUGCUUAGUAGAAAUGCCGAUCCCAUAUAUAUCUGACCUUGUUUUCUUUUUUAUUCGCAAUAUUCAGGGUGUCCGUACGAAGACUGUCAAGAAGAGUGCUCGCACUAUCGUCGAGAAAUACUACACUCGCCUCACACUCGACUUCCACACAAACAAGCGUUUUGUCGAUGAGGUAGCAAUUCUUCCUUCCAAGCGAAUGCGCAACAAGAUCGCUGGAUACACAACCCACUUGAUGCGAAGAAUUGCCAAGGGACCCGUCCGUGGUAUUUCUCUUAAAUUGCAGGAAGAAGAGCGUGAACGCAGAUUGGACUUCGUCCCCGAAGUUUCUGCCUUGGAGCAAGACACCAUCCAAAUCGACCCCGACACACGGGAUAUGCUCGAGUCGCUUGGAUUCGGAAGCCUCAACGGAGUCGCUGUCAACCAAGGACACCGCGAUUAACUUUUUUCUAAUCGAAGCAUUACAAAACCCCUACAACUAAAUUCAUCUCAGGCAC